AUGGGAAAACCUUUUACAAAACUUCGCUACACAGUUGUGAUACCUUCUGCUUCAUUUUCCAACGUUCAUAUGUUACCUUUCAAAAGACACUUUAGUGCUGUGGACGAAUAUUAUUUUGAACAAAUAUCUUUUGGAAAUAUCCUUCACCACAACCAACUUUAUGUUCAACGAGCAAUUAAUAUUUUGGAAGAUGUCUCUACAACAUUGAAAAUAAAUAAGAAAUUUUUACCAAGUAUAGCAAUUUCAAGACUAACACAAACCCAAAUGAUUAAACAAACAAAAUCGACAUCGUUUGAUAGUGGCACGGGAUCAUCUUUAGUUAAUGGGGAGUCAAAUGAACAGAAGCAAAGCUGCAGCUACCAUAUGGCGGCCGAAGAUUCAGAUCAUGAUGAUUAUAUAGUUCGCGAGUUGACUCCUCCACCAGAAUCAUUAACUUUGCAGGAAGAGAGUCAUAUAAUUGCAGAGUUUGAGCACGAUUUACGCGUUUUAAAUCUUCGCUUCUUUGUUACUUAUGAUUCCCGAAAAGAUCGAAAGAAUGGAUGGCGAGUUAUUGAUCAAAUCCGUCUAGUUAUUAAAUACGAGUCAAUCAAACAAGUUCACCUUGAAUUAGAGAAGAGAACACCGAACACAUUUUGGGCACGACUUGUGCUUCGAUUAAAGCAUCCCGUUCAAAUAUGGCGUAUUGGUGAUGUUUUUGCACUCAAAACUGCACUCACAACUGGUAAAGGUAUUGAUAGACGACGACAUAAAGGAAUUCGAGUAAAUAAAUGGGGAGGAGAUAAUAAAAUAACAGAAGAUUUGGCAAAUUCGUCUGUCAUUGUACUUGAUUUUAUGGAAGAAAGUCCUGAACGUUUAUCUGCACUUAUUGGAAGAUUAAUGGGGCUAUUAAAGUUGGAUCUCGAAUUGAGGAAUAUUGAACAACGUUUUGUUUAUACCAUGCCGCAAGUAUCUUUACCUUCUGAAUUCGACAACGAUUUUGAACUUUAUUAUUGGAUAGAAGCUUUGGGAUCGCGUGGAUCUGUUGUAAUCGAUCAUUGGGUUAACGAAACUGAACAGAAGAAAUUUUUCAAAACACUCAUUGACUGUUACAAACAAGAUCGUCAGAGAACAUUAACUGCACUAGAAAUGCUAUCAGAUCGAUUUCUUGAUAGAAGUGAAGUUCGCGAUAGAAGAGGACUGACCGGAUUAUUUCAAGAUAUCGAGAGGGAUCUUGCAAGGAAUAAAAUUGAACAAGAGGAAUUGAAAAAUGGUUUUGUUAUCAUCACACCUUCACGCAUGAUUCUUUGUGGUAAUGAGGUUCUUAUGGGGAAUAGAGUUGUUCGAAUUGAUCCUGUGAAUUAUCCUACUCACAAAUUUCUUCGAAUUGUCUUUCGUGAUGAGGAUGGAAGUAGAGUGCAUCAAACAUGUAUUGGUGGUUCUCUGAUUGAUGGUUUCAUUAGAGAAAGAUUGAGAGGGGGAAUGUCGAUUUGUGAAAAACCGUUUCAUUUUCUUGGAACUUCAAAUUCACAAAUGCGCGAGGGAGGAUGUUACUUUCUUCAGGCUGAACUAGAAGAAGUUGGAGAGUUUCGCAAACGAUUAGGCCUUUUCGACCUUAAAAAAGGUAUACCUAAAAUGAUGUCUCGUCUUGGCCUUUGUUUUACCCAAGGAAGAGAUACUAAUGUUGAUAUGAGUUUACAAAUGCUUGGUUUUGAUUUUAUUGGAGGGCCGAAUUCUAAUGGAGAGCAUUAUACAAUUUCUGAUGGAUGUGGUUGUAUGAGUAUGGCAGCUGCGAGAAAAGUAGCAGAAGAAAUGGAGCUUGAUCCAAUGAAUCCCCCUUCGUGCAUUCAAGUUUCAAAACUCCAUUCUGUCGAAUCUUAUGAGAGAAUUUGUAAAAGAUUGCAUAUGUUGCUUGAUAAGCACAUCUUUUCUUUAUGUUCAACAUUGACCGAUGAAUUGAGGGCUCGGAAACGUUUAUCAGAAUUACCAAGAUAUGUUGAGUACGACAUGUUAGAUGCGAUUAACUUCACUCAAGAACCUUUUUUCCGACUUGUUCUACGUGCAGCGGGGAGAGUCUCCCUUUUUAAACUUCGUCAGAAACUAGCUAUAGCAAUUCCAUAUCAACUUGGUCGUGUAAUGUUUGGAAUUGUUGAUGAGACUGAUUCAUUACAAUACGGCCAAGUUUUUGUACAAUACUCUAAUGAAAUGGCAGCUUUCAAUCAUGGGAAGGCCAAUAAAAGACAUUUUGGCAAGAAGAUAAUUGUGACAGUUUUAAUUUCUAAAAAUCCUGCAAUUGUUGGAGGGGACGUUAGAAUGUUUGAAGCAAUCGAUGUCCCUGCAUUACAUCAUUUGGUCGAUGUACUAGUUUUUCCACGGUUUGGACCUCGUCCGCAUCCGGAUGAAAUGGCUGGUUCUGACUUGGAUGGAGAUGAAUAUGGAGUUAUUUGGGAUCCAGAGUUGGCUUUCAAUAAAAAUGAACCACCGGAAGCUGGCGAUAGCUUUGAUUGUGAGCAGGAUGAUUUUCAAGAUAAAAUGGCAGGAUUCUUUGUGAAUUACUUAAAGCACGAUUCAAUUGGACGCAUUGCGAAUGCUCAUUUGGCCUGUUCUGAUUUAUAUGGAAUAAAAGCAAAGGUGUGUGGCAAUAUUGCACUUAAACAUCAACGAGCAGUUGAUUUUCCGAAAACAGGAAAACAUUCUGCCCCUUUGGAAUACAAUUGGAAAGGUUCUGAUCCCCCAGAGAGAUUUGAGAGAGCGCCAGAUUUUAUGGAAAAGGAAUCUUCCGAGCCUCAAUAUCAUAGUAGUCGCCUUAAUGGACAAUUACACAGACGAGUUAGUGAAUUGAGCGAUUUUCUUUCUUCUGUAAUUGUUCAAGAAUCAACAAAUUUACCUGAUCCUGAUGAAAUGUUACUUUCUAAUGAUGGACAUGAUGCUUAUUUGGAUAAAGCUCAAAAUGAUUAUAAUUUGUAUUCCUAUAGAAUUAAGAGAUUAAUGGACGAAUAUGGAAUUCAAUGUGAAGGCGAAUUAUUCUCCUCAAGUUAUUCUGUUCUAAGAAAUCGCAUUUCUGACCGAGAGACUGAUGAUAUGUCUUUCUUCAACACAACCUAUGUUAUCGGUCAGCGUCUGUGGGAAAUUGGUCGUUUAACUCGUAAAAAAUUUUUUGCUUCUGCUGGUGGUAAAAUUGAAAAGUUAACAGACGCUAGAGGUAUUUGUGUUGAUCCGUCAGACAAAUUGCGAUUAUUGUCAAGAGCUUAUUACACUAUUGCUUAUUAUGCAAGCAAAAGACAAUAUCUUUCGUUUCCUUGGGUUGCCUGUUGGGAUGUACUUGACAAAGUUAAACGCACAACAAUAUUAAAAAGAGGAGUGACAAAUUUGGCAAUUGAUCCUUUUGCUGAUAGGCUAUUAAGUCAUAUUAAUUUGUUUGUGAGAAGAUAUGAAGCAAAACUUAAAGAAUUCCGUGAAAGAAUUUUCCAAAUUGAUUUUGAAGGGCCUGAGGAAGAGUAUGAAAGAAAGUGUUUUUUGCGUCGAUAUGCAGAGAGAUACCUAGGGUUGGAUAUUCUCUUGUUUUUCUGCAGUGAGUGGGGUCAAAAGCAAAAAUUAUUUGAAUUGAGUCCUAUCAGAGAAGAACAUUUAUGUUUAUUUGUGGUAGGCAUUGAAUUGUCUAGAGGAUCUUUCUAUGAAACGCCGAAAGAUUGGAGUGAUUCUCCAUCAUCUCCCUCUGCUGAUAUCUCUUCAAGUUUGGGCAGGCGUUUCUUCAUGUUUUUGGAGGCGAUGGCUUCUUUACAGUCUAAUCGUAAAGAAAUUUUUGAUUUUCGACAUUUUGGCCUAGAAUAUCAACAUUUUUUUAAUAAUGGUGAAUGGAGAGUAUUACAACAAGUAGCACUAAAUACAUAUUUACAUUUGGUAUUUUCUGAUCAAUUCGACAUUGUUUUACCUUCAACUGUAGAAAAAGAGAAUUUAUUUGUAAAAGAAGAAAUAUUGGAAGGAUCUUGCUUUCAAUUAGAACUUCCAAGUACAACAGUCAAUGAUAAUUUUGUAGAAUAUUACAAAUUGUUGGAGGUUCUCUGCAAGGAGAGUGGGUGUGAGCGUAUAAUGAUGCGGUGCCAUCCACGUUAUAGAAUCUGGAGGCGUCGGUUGGUGCCCAAUGGCGAAUUUCCUAGAGCAAUGAGAAUCCUUGUAACAUCUUGGGGCAAGAAACAAGCUAUUGGACAAUUACGUCAAUUACUUGCAAUUAAGCCUCAAAUGGAUUUAUCUGUAGAUCAUCGUCUAGCUGUUAGAAUAAUUCCUGAAGUGACAUUAGAAUUAUUCAAUGAAUUAUUAGACCGUGAAAAAGUUAACUGGGCGAUGGAGUAUCAAUUUAAUGGUAUCAAUCAAAUUGAAGAAGUUGAAGAGAUUUCGGAGAAUAGUCAAGAGGAAGAAGAACUUGUAGAAUAUUAUGAUGAUAGCGAAUGA